UUGCUCAGUACCACGUCUGCGGCCGAGCGGCGCAGGGCGACGAGGGGCGAAGCGCUCCGCCAGCGCGAGUGCAUGCGUCACCACACCGCGAACCCGUGCGGGCCCCGGGCCCCGAGCGCGAAGCACAGAGGCAUGCACCGGGACGUGACGUGACGGACCAACAUCAUCGCCAUGACCGAGCCGGCCGUGCACGGCGGCCGCGCGGCGCACCCAGAGGACGGCGUCGUGACGGACGCGGCCACGUUCCGCACAGGCCCAGGACGGCAGCGCCCGGAAGGCCAGCUGGAUCCGCCCGCCUCUGCAACGGACAGCGGUUACGACGGGCUGCUCGAUCCCCGCGACGACAGCGACACUCUCAGCAUCAGCACGUGCAGCAGCAGUGAUGGCGGCGAGGUGCCGCUCGGCGUCAAGGCGGUGCUGGGCGCGGCGGUGGACUCGGCCGCCUCCAUGGGCCCCGCCAUGACCAUCGAGAGCAUCACGGUGGAGAACUCGACCUGCCGGAUCGGGAACAACAUGCACGUGCAUGGUCCCCUCACCGUCGUCGUGUCCGAGAGGGCCGUCGCCGCCGGCGCUGGACAGGGGAUCGUGCUGUCCGCCUCCAACCUGGGCCUGAAGGACGCGGACGCCCAGGACGCCGUUAAAGAAGGAGCAGCGACGGCGUUGCCCCCCAAGGAAACGCCCGAGCAGCACAAAGAAGGCACAGUCCCCCGCCGGUGGUGGCGGAGUCCGUGCGCGGCCCUGGUGGCGACGGGCCUGGCGGUGGCGGUGGUCAUCCUCGCCACAAUGCAGCUCGGCAAAGUCCCCGGCGGAGGGCCGGGCCACAUGACGGAGGAUCCCCUCACCUCGCCGCCACCGACGCCGAUCCCUCUGCCUCACGGCGUCCAGUACGUGCCGAAGGACCAGUGGCGUGCGCGGCCCGCCAAGACCGGCACCAGGCUGCGCACGCCCGUGGACACCGUCAUCGUGUGCCACACGGGCACGGCGUCGUGCUCCAGCGCCGCCUCCUGCAGCACCAUGGUGAGGGGCAUCCAGGGGUACAACAUGGUGGACAACGGCUGGGACGACAUCGCCUACAACUUCCUGGUGGGCGGCGACGGCCGGGUCUACGAGGGCCGCGGCUGGGACACCGUGGGGUCGUUCCUCUACGGCUGGAACUCGCGGUCGCUGGGCGUGGCCGUCAUCGGCUCCUUCACGGAGGACAUGCCGCCCGCCGAUCAGCGGCGCCAGCUGGCCAGCCUCCUGGAGUGGGGCGUGGACCUGGGCAAGAUCAAGCCGCAGUACCGCCUGGUCGGCGCGUGCCAGCUGCAGAGCACCAAGAGCCCCGGGCUGCGGUUCAUGCAGGACCUCCGGACGUGGAGCCGCUGGUGGGACAACGGGGCGGAGAGGUGUUCCGACUAGGUGCCGUUCGCCGCGCUCCGACAACACUCUAGGGCGCCCAGUUUUUGGGCACCCCAUAUUUAGAGUGUAGGUGCCGUUCGCCGCGAACAGACCGCGAGACGCGACACUAGUGUAAGAUUAUGCUGUGAUAACGUAACCAGAUGCACUGCUCUAAGACUGCGGUCCGUUGUUUGUAUGCAGGCACGGUAUAAGGGGCUCCACAGGGGGGCGGUAGUGAAUAUCUUGGCUGCCUGAAGGAGCAUGUGCUGCGGGUUGCGGCGCUUGGACAAUCUAUCUGACAGGGUCCCCUUAAACCGUACCUGUUUGUAUGGGUAAAUAAACAACGGAAUUCUUACAAAAGUAAA